AAUUAAAAUUAAAAACAUUAAAAAUAUUUCUAUGACUGGCAUUGACACUUGACAGUGUCUGACAUUUCAUGAAAGACUAGAAUUCUAAUACCUAUAUUUUCAUUUAUUUCAUCAUCCGAAGUGGUCUUCCUGCACAAAAAUGUUGACGAACCAAAUUUCUAACAUUGUUCGCAAUGCUUUGAGCAUAAAAAGCUCGAACAUUAUCAGAAGUUUUUCUGUAACUCCUGCUUACGGCGACAUCGUGAAGAUUCAAAGCACAGACGAUUUUAAAGAAAAAGUAAUCAACAGCAAAGUCCCAGUCGUCGUUGAUUUCUUCGCUACAUGGUGUAAUCCAUGCAGAAUGCUCACACCCCGUCUCGAGUCUAUUAUAUCUGAGAAAAAGGGAAAAGUAAUGCUUGCUAAAGUUGACAUAGAUGAACAAACUGACCUGGCUCUAGACUAUGAAGUGAGCUCUGUUCCUGUCUUAGUUGCUAUUAAAGAUGGCAAGGUGCUCCAUCGCCUUGUUGGACUUCAAGAUACUGAUAAGCUACGCAAGUGGAUUGAACAGUUCACUACUGAAGACAGGAAGAAAGAAGUUGAUACAUAAAUAAUUAAGUGCAUCUAGUCCUGUACAGUCAGCAGCACAGGUAAUUUCAGUUCUCUAUACAGUUGUUAAAUGUAGAUACGAGAUUAACUUAUUAAUUGUUAACUGUGAUGCUGACUUUACACAUUUAUAAUUAUUGUUACCAAGUGUAGUUGAACAAAAUAAACAAAACAUGCAAACAGA